UCCUAGCAGGAUGGCGUCCUCUCAUCUGAUCCUCUUUUGCCUCGCUGCACUGGUAUUUAUGUCUGAGGCUGGCCCUGCGGGCACUGGAGAAUCCAAGUGUCCUCUGAUGGUCAAAGUCCUGGAUGCUGUCCGAGGCAGCCCUGCUGUGGAUGUGGCCGUGAAAGUGUUCAAAAAGACUGCUGAGGGAACCUGGGAACCAUUUGCCUCUGGGAAGACCGCUGAAUCUGGAGAGCUGCACGGACUCACCACAGAUGAGAAGUUUGUAGAAGGGGUGUACAGAGUAGAGCUGGACACCAAAUCCUACUGGAAGGCCCUCGGCAUUUCCCCGUUCCACGAAUACGCAGAGGUGGUUUUCACAGCCAACGACUCUGGCCAUCGCCGCUACACCAUCGCGGCCCUGCUCAGCCCAUACUCCUACAGCACCACUGCCGUCGUCAGCAACCCCCAGGCGUGAGGCACCCUGCCCAGGAGGACCAGGAUCAUGCCAAAGCAGUAGCAGCCCAUUUGCAGGGAAACAGUGUUCUUGCUCCAUAAACUGUGUUAGCAAUUCGGAAAGACGUCGUGAAACAUUCCUAUUAAACCACUUGUCAUUUCA